UUUGGUUAUAAAGGUUUUACUGUAUUGUAUGUUAUAAAAGUGUACAGUUCAGUGCACAACUCCUGCAAGUGUAGGCCCAUGUACAGAUGUAUGAAUGGCCAUCUCAUUUCAGUUGAGCCAAUAUUUGGGACUGCGCACAAGACUUGGAUUAAGACACUUUUUAGGAGUCUCACGAAUCAGAUAUACAUGUACAGUAAAACCUGUGUACAAAGAACACCUUUGGAGCCACAAAAUGUGUUCACUAUAUUUAGGUGUUCACUACAGAGAGGCAAUUUUAUAGAGAACUCAGUAAGUGGAGUAUGUGCUGAGAAGAUGUAUUCACUAGUCACAGGUGUUCACUAG